GCUGCGCCUGCGCAGUAGCAGGCAGGCGGUUAGGCGCAGACCCGCCCCGCCCAGCAUGGGGGAGUGGAGCCGACUCUAGAGUUGGCUAAGGUUUCCAACGCUGCUGCUAACCACGGCGGGUGGGUCCAUUCCCUGUACACAGGCCCUAUGCUUCUGAAGAGUCGUCAGGCCAACGUGGAAACCAUGGACAACAAAGGGUUGGCGGUUUCUCCGCCUCGUAACUCCCAGGAGCCUAAGACCGGUGUUCUGCCCAAGGAAGAGAACAAGGAACGCAUGGGGUACUGGCUGCUGAAUAUGCUGAGAAGAACUUUUAAAGGGUCUGAAAAUAAAGAAGAACAGGAAAUAGCACCACCUCCAGUGCCAACUUUGGUACCAUUUGGGGAUGUGGUUGGCUGCCUCGCUAUUCAUGUAAGGAACUGCAGACAUUUCGCACCUGAGAUUGGUUUACAACCUUACAGUAAAUUGUACGUUCGGAUCUCUAUAAACAACAUUGUAAAGUGUACAAAAAUAUGCAGCUUGCUACCCCAAAGUGAUGAGAGUGAUGUAAUUAAGUUUGAUGACAUAAAAUAUUUUUCCAUACAGAUUCCCAGGCAUCAAGAUGAUGAGCGGAAUAAUAUUUACUUGGAACUAAUGAAAUAUGCCAAAACAGAAAAAUAUCCUCUCUCUUUAGGGAGUAUUCAGGUACAUCUUUAUAAAGUAAUUCAGAAAGGGUGCUUUACUGAAGAAUUUAAAAUACUGCAUAAAAACACAUUUAUCUGCAGGCUGGAGGUAGAAUUUAUGUUCUCCUAUGGAAACUUUGGUUAUGGAUUUUCACACCAGUUAAAACCUCUGCAGAAAAUUAUUGAACCAUCCAUGUUUAAGACUGUUGCACCACCUCCACAAAGAACAGACCCUGUGACAAAUGUAAUUACACCACAGCCAAUAGAAUAUCCAGCAUUCCUAUCACCAGACCUGAAUGUUACUGUUGGUGUGCCAACUGCAGUGCCCCAAACCAACCAGCCAGCUGUAGUGCAACUUGAAAACCUUCAGCAACCACCUCGGGAAAGGCUGCAAAAAAUGAAAAAAGAAUAUAGAAAUCUGAACACAUGGAUUGAAAAAGCUAGUUAUUUAGAAGACGUGCUUGCCCCAAAAUUGACCCAUGAUGAACGUAAGGGAAGUGAUACCAGUGAGGUACUUGAAAGCCAGUUUGAAAAGAUGCCUAAAGAUAUUGUAACAUCAGAUGUUCCCUCCAUAAAGGAAGGAGCUGAAACUGUUCCAAGUGAGUUGCAGGAUAAUGAUGAUAAGAAAGACCUUACUCUUCUACCAACUUUUAACCAGUCAGAUGAAGAUAAUUUAUAUGCUAUUGCUGUUGCUCCUGAAAGUGAUGAGUCACCAAAGCAAACAGAUGAGUCACGAAAGCAAAUCCAUGUGUCACCAAAGCAAACUCCAUUGCUUUUUAUGUCUAGCCUGACACUAGUGACACCUUUAGAGGAACACCAGUCAGAAGCUAUGUCAGAGGGAAAAAUGAAAAAUGCAUUGUUUCCAUCACAUAUGAAAGAUAGAUAUCCAAGCCUUUCACCGACGGACUCAUCUCCAUCAGAGGUGAUUUUUUCACCAAAGGAAUAUAUUUCACCAUCUUUCAGACCAGAAUAUAUAGAAUUCACACCAAAAUAUCAGAAAUUCAACUUUCAGAAUGGUUUUGAUCCUCUUCUAAGGAAUAUAAACAACAAAAUGUCAGUCAGAAAAAGGAAAGACCAAGAUAUGUCCAGAUGUAGAAACAUUUUAAGUGCAGAGGUUAUAGAGCAUGAAGACCAAGAUCCUCCUUACCCAACAUAUUCAAAUACUGCAAGACCUACUCAUAAAACCUGGCUACAUGAUCCUGGUAAUGCCACAGUAAAGACUUCAAACACUAAGACUAACUUAGCCCAUGAUCCUGAUUUUAUCACAAUAAAGACUUUAGACACUAAGAGUAAUUUUGCCCGUGACCCCAGUAUGACCACAAUAAAGACUUUAGAUACUAAGAAUAAGUUAAAAGAAAGAUUACCAAAUGUAUCUCUACCAAACUUGGAAGGGGAAUCAUCAAUGACUGGAAAUGUAAAUACAUGUCGCCUCACAAAAUCAUUAAGUCUUACUUCCCACCUGGAAAAUUUAAAACAAUCAAUGAUGCUCAAGUCAAUUUUAGGUAAAGAUCUGCAAGACCUAUCAGAUAAAUUAUUUUCUAAACCAGAGAUUCCUAUGGACACUAUAACAAAAAAGAAAAGUCUUAGUUUUCCACUUAUACAUGUUCCUGAUGAACCACCAACUAGUGUGGAAAACAAAGUAUUUGAAAAAGCUCAAGAUUCAAAUAGCUCGCUUUCAGAAAAAGACAUUGUAAACUUAAAGUCUCUUUUAAGAGAAAUCAUUAAAGAUACUCCUGCAGAUUCACUUUCAGAAGGUGGACCAAGAAAUUCUCCAGAGGUGGAAGGGGAACUUGUCUCUGGAAAACACUUGAAGUCUGGUGAGAUUGAUUUUCCAAUUAAAACAAAUAAUUUCAAAAAGAAAAAUUACAAAAUUGGAGUGUCUAGUCCCCAGUCAGGUGUAAGUAGCAUUGCACAUGAUUAUGUUAUAAAGCAAAUAUUCACUGCACCUAUCUUCUCAGAGUUGGACAUAGGAGUGAAAGAAUCGAGUGAAGUACCAAUAAAUUUGCAGAAUCAAUUACCCACUGCUUCGGAGAGUUCAUCUUCAAAUAUUCUACUUCACUAUGAAGAAAAUGAUGAUGAAAUAGGAUUGCCACAGGCCAAAUCUGUUAUAAGCCAGAUAAUACAAGCAUUUCCUAUAGAUAGUCUUUUAGAAUCUGGGUUAAUCAAAGUGAUAGAAUUAGGUAAAGAAUAUCAAAAGAGCUCCAUGCUGGAUACAAAGACAGCCUUUGCUGAAGAAGAGCCAAAGUAUUCCACAGAGGAUUAUUCAGAAACCCAAAGCAAACCAGAACCUCUUUCAGAUCAGAAUAUGCUCAUCAUUCCCAAAGACACUACUUCUUUUAAUAGAGUUGGAUAUGUGGAUGAAGACCAAAACAUAUCCCCACAAGAUUCAAAAUAUCAGUCAACACCAGAUAAAAACACAGAUAUGCUAAAUAACAGUCAGAGGUUUGAUAGAGAAGAAAAUGAUCUAAAUUCUACUUUAGAAAAUUUAAGUAACUCAUUAAUGGGUAAACUUAAUGAUUCAGAUGUAAUAAUGUUAAAAUCCUUUUUAAAACAUAUGUUUAGUAUGAUUUUCAAAUAUAAUCAGUCUGAAAUAAGACAAUCAGAAAAAGAAUUAGAAAGAUUAAUCCAGUAUCAUUUUCCAAAUAAUACAGAAGACCUUGAAGAAAUCAAAGAGAAUUUUGAUAAAGCACAUGAAUUAGACAGAAGGUCUAUUUUGAGUCCAAAUCUGCGUGUAUUUCUAGAAGAACUCUCAGAGUCAGAAAUUAAAAAUUUAAAAUCUGAACUAAGUAAACAUAUCCAACAUUACCUUGUAGAAAGACUUUCAGAAUCUGGACACAUCACUAAAGAAGACUUACCAAAAAUCUAUCACAGUCUGUAUUUGAUGAAUGAGAAAGUAGAACCAAAAGGGCAGAACAUUUUUCUGGAAAAAUAUUCAGAAACUGUGAAAGAAAUUGUGUCUUUUGUAAAUAAUUUUAAUCAUCAUUUCAUAGAUAAACAUUUGGAAAUAAGACUAAGAUCCUUUUUAAAUGAAAUUCUCCAAAACUAUUUCCUAAAAAACCUUUCAGAAAGCAGUUUAUUUAAAGAGACAGCAUCUGAGGCUCUCCACUCAAACAUGUCUUCUCUAAGAUCUAGCAGUACCUCAAUAUCUUUUCAUGAGUUAGGACAAGAUAUUUCAAGGGGGAGUUUUGGUGAAAGACUUGACAUAAACAUGAAAUAUCCUUUAAAUAAAUCUCUACAAAACUAUCUUAAAGCUUCAUCAGAAAAUGAACUAUUAAAUCUAAAAGCUGACUUAAGCAAACACCUCCAGAGUCUUUUUAUAGAAAAACUUUCAAAAUCAGGACUAGUCACAGAAAGGCAAUUAGAGGGGAUCAGCCAGCAUAUAAAUUUGAUCAAUACUGGAUCCAUACCAUUAAGAUCUAUAAAGCCAGCUUUAUCUUUUAGAAAAGAAAAUCAAUAUGUGGAGGAGAAUUCAGAAAAGCAAAAUAAAUAUUCAAAAAUUGUUCAAAAAACCACUUUGCAAAAAGUUCCUGAGGAUAGACUUAUAGAAAUAGAACUGACCAAAAAGAAAGAAAAGGAAUAUUUUUCUUUACAGAAUAUUAAGGAAAAUCCAUCAAUAAUUGAGGAGCAGAAAGGAUACUGCUCUAUAGAAGAAGUCAAAACACUGAGAUUAAAUAAAGCACAACCUUCUUUCAACAAAAAUAUCCAAGCAAUUCCACUAAAUAAGUCAUCAGAAAGACUUACAGAUAUAGUACUUAAACAAAGGAAAGAACAUGGUAUAAUGCAGCUUCCUCAAGCAGAAAAUUGUGAUUUUAAAACAGAAGUUGAAGGCCCACAUGGUUGGAGUGGUAAAUCAAAAAUAACUCAGUCAAAUGCUUGCUUUGAAAGGACACUAAAAAUGAAGUCCCUUGGAAAAAAAGAGCAUAAUAACAUCUAUAAAUUGAUGGCACAAGAAAAACUUGAAACAGUACUGUCACCAUAUCCAAGAAUUCCUAACUGCAAAAUGCCAAAUGAAAAUGAAGAAUAUGUAUACAGAUACACUUUUCCUUCCAGGCAGACUAACACUUUAACUUAUUUCAAUUUAGAGGCUGGGGAGAAAUCAAAAUUAGAAGACCAGUAUUUUCAGAGAUUGAAAGGAAGUAAUAACAAUAAUAAAAAACAUUUAGUAACAUUUGCACAAUACAAAAAUAUACGAGCUCUUUCUCUAAAAAAUGGAAUUUGCAAUGAAAAAUGUGCCAAGUUCCCUGAAUUACAGUCAUUUAAAUAUAAAGUUAUGGAAGCUGAGAAAAACUCAAAACAAUUCCUCUUCCCAGAAGUAUUAAAGAGAGAAAAUCUAAAGCCCAAGAUCCGAAAAGAAAGAGACCAUGUCAACAAACAAAAGAAGUCAUUUAGCAAAAUAGUUAGGAUACUACCAACCACGCUGCCCUCUGCAAGAAUUGGAAAGAAAUCUAUUCCAAGGACAUUGCUUCACUGGACUGCAAGAAGAACUAUACAUGAUUGUUUGGAUAGAUUUGAGGAUAUACCUGUGAGCUCACUUAAGCAUGCUGAACAAGCAAAAUCAAGAGCAAGGCUUUUAGGAAAGAGCCUGGAUGAUAGCAAUAAUCAGUUAAAACACUUUGCAAGACCGAAUACUGCUCCAAAGGUUAACAAACGGCGAGAAACCCACAACGGAAAAUGCACAAGUCCUCGAAUGGUUUCAGCAGGCUUAGUUCAUAUAGAUGCAAUCCCAGAUUAUGAAAUCCAUAGAAUGCGGCCAAAAAAAAAAUUAAAAGAAAAUAUUGAAAAGUGUUCGCUCAUUUGUGAUAUUAUCCAAAUGUUAAAAGUUCAGGAUGGUAUGUAAGGCCGACAGUCAGACUACCAUUUCUCUAGUUAACAAAAUGGUUUGGAGACCUGUCCUUUUGUGUGAUAGAAGUCAGCAACCAAGUUUCAUCUUGUUAGAACCAUUUUGUUUUAAUUAAAAUGAAAAAGAAGCAC